CCAAGAAAAUCUCUUUUUUGUUCGAUCCUCAAGGCACCUUGAAAAGCAAGCAAAAUAUAACCAAAAGCCGUCCUUGUUUAGGAAUUUACUAGUCCGAUGCCCUGGGAAUCUCUUGCCUUUAAGCAAUCUUUGUUCCAAGCAAUUCUAAAACCCUCUCUUUCUCUCCCUCUGGUGGGAAAAUUUUUAAAGAGCCACAAAAUCCUCUUCUCCGAUUCAUGCUGAUCCUCUGCACAACUCCUUUUUCGCUUCAUCGACAAUGGCGGUGACACAUGCUGAUCUUGCACCAAGUCGUCGGAGCACGGAUUUGGGCAGCAAGACCGGUGCGUUUAUCAUUGUCUUGUCGAUACUGUUUGGCCUAUUGUGUUUCAUCCUCUGUCUCAUAGCCGAAGCUACCCGCACUGAGGCGACAUGGGUGACCACAGGUGACGAAGGGAAAGGAAAGAGAUACGAAUGCACGUAUAGCGGUAGCGGGAAGACACCGUUGCUGUGCGCCACUGGGGCAUUUUUGGGUCUGGCGAUUGCCAUGGUGGUGGCUCAUGUGUAUCUGAUGGUGGCUGUGAGUAAAUCACCACCUCCAGCUUCAGUUAUUUGGGAUCCUGACUCUGCCACUACCCAAACGCUCACAUGGCAAGCCGGAUUUUUCUUCAUCACAACUUGGAUGUCAUUUGCAGUUGGAGAGAUCUUGUUGCUAAUAGCACUAAGCAUCGAAUCAGGCCAUCUCAAAGACUACUCCACACCAAGACCCAGUUGCCUCGUACUUAAUCAGGGCGUUUUCUCCGCUGCCGGAGUUUUUAGUCUCGUCACCGUUUUCCUUGCCGCCGGCUUGUACAUAACCGCGUUACGCGCACAAUGUUUGUUGCAAGAUCAAGAAAACGUCCGGCGAGAAGUGAUGGAAGCUGCCAUGUUCCACGCGUCCCCGCCUCGGUCGCCACCACGUCGAAUCGCGUCUGUUUCGAAUGAGAAUCCGGUGGUGAUCAGAGGUCCCCGGGAUGAGAGGACAUUGGGCGAUUACUUGUCAGUUUUCAGUAAGCAGUCAAGUUUGGCAUAAGGCAAAAAUGGGAGAUGUGGAAAACGGUAUUUGUAAUAAUAAAAAAAUCUUAUUCGCGGAUCAUCCGGUAAAGAAGGUUUUACGGAGGUUAAUCGCGCACGUCCAAUGUAUUUUUGGACGGUCUGGAUUGAAAAUCAAUUAUGACCGGUCACAAUUGUGACCGGUCACAAUUGAAAACAAAUCUCAACCAUUGAUCGCGUGAAUGAAUGGCUGAGAUUGUGCCGGUCCGUGAAUAAGUUUAUCUCGUUUGUAACACAUGUAGUUUUGUAAAUACAUUUUGACUUGACAAGAGUUGGAUAUUGUGUACCAUGACAUUGAAUUUUACGAGAGGCAAAUGACAAAAUUGAAAAGUGCAAAGAAUGUUUCUCGGAAGG